UUGCUACUUGUUACAGCUGUAUGCCUGUAUCCAUGGUCUCUCUCCUUGAAAUCCUCUUUUGAGUUGAGCCACAACUGAAACAAGCAGAUCGAACUCCCAAUUCACCACUUCUUCUUGUUGACUCUAGUCAAGAUCCAAUUUUGAUCCCAAAACACCACCACCACCACCAUGAGCGUCAUCGACCUUCUAACCCGAGUCGAUUCCAUUUGUAAAAAGUACGACAAAUACGACCUCGACAAGAACAAGGAUGCCAAUGUCACCGGCGACGAUGCUUUCGUCAGACUCUACGCCUCCGUUGACUCCGACAUUGAAAACCUACUUCAGAAAGCAGAAACCGCUUCCAAGGAGAAAGGGAAGGCAUCCGCUGUAGCGAUCAAUGCGGAGAUUCGUCGUACCAAGUCUCGGUUGUUGGAGGAAGUUCCCAAGUUGCAGAGGUUGGCUGUCAAAAAGGUAAAAGGGCUUUCGUCGCAAGAGUUUGCUGCCCGUAAUGAUCUGGUUCUUGCGUUGCCGGAAAGAAUCCAGGCUAUCCCAGAUGGAACUCCUGUUGCGCCGAAACAAACUGGUGGCUGGGCAGCUUCUUCUGCCUCACGCGCUGAAAUUAAAUUUGAUUCGGAUGGCCGAUUUGAUGAUGAAUACUUCAAAUCAACUGAGCAAUCAAGUCAAUUCAGACAGGAAUAUGAAAUGCGUAGAAUAAAACAGGAUCAAGGUUUGGAUAUGAUUGCAGAAGGAUUGGAUACUUUGAAAGACAUGGCACAUGAUAUGAAUGAGGAACUGGAUAGACAAGUUCCCUUGAUGGAUGAGAUCGACACCAAGGUGGACAGGGCAUCAUCUGAUCUUAAGAAUACUAAUGUUAGGCUUAAAGACACGGUGAAUCAGCUUCGAUCGAGUCGAAACUUCUGUAUUGAUAUUGUUUUGUUGAUUAUAAUUCUGGGAAUUGCUGCCUACUUAUACAAUGUGCUUAAAUGAUAUGAUACGCGAAGAAUAUCACUGUAUUUCUAUGGUGCCUGUAUUAACUUGAGAAUAUUGUGUUUGUUUUAUUUGAUUGUUUAAUUUUUAUCAUUGUGAAAAUAUCCGCCCCUCUUGAGAGAUAGACUGUCCCAAUGCCCAUUGCAAGCAUCCUGUGAAUGUUGUUGUGUUACACACCAUUAAUAUGUCAAAUAUCUGCGGCUCGUUUUAUGUA